UGUUACGAACGACGUUACACAGAAGUGGCCACGUGAGUAGGAGGAAACCGGAGGAAACGUUUCAGUGUCGAGUCAGCCAGUGAUUGCGUCGCCGUUUUGCCGUCCUCGUCCUCGUCUUCAUCGGCCUCGUUUCCAUUGUCGUCAUUGUCGUCUCCGUCGCGUGAUUCUGAUGGGACGGCAUCAUUAAGACACGUUCUCGAGAUGCGCGUUUCGAUCCCGUCCGAUUCCACGAGAUCUCCCGUGGAUCAACUGGGUCAGGUGCCAAACGAAGCGGAGCGGCCUGAUUGAUGCCUCGGAGAGGAUACCUGGUUCCGAAAACGGAGUGUUCCUCUUUUAGCCGCGAGCAAUUAGAAACGCGUCCAGAGUGCCAAAUCGGACUGCACGCGGUGAAAAAUUGACUCGCGCCACGACGAUGAGUGCGUUAAUUUGUCUAGCUCUAUGCAAAAGCCUAUAUACGGGUGAUAAGUGGUUCUAGCUAAGGAAGCUGCAUUAAUCGAUGCAUUUAUCGUGCUCUGGUUUCCGUCGAGUCGAGCCGGGCAAGAAGCAGUUCGCGAUUCAGGAGAGGCAGAGGAAACGACGGAACAGCAGACACAUGUAGCAUUCGGGCAUCAGUAUAAUGAAGCCGUCCAUGAAAAUGGGAGUGAUCGCCUUGAUAGGGAUCUUCGUAGUCUUUUAUCAAUAUCUCCUGUCCACUGGCAUUACUUUCGAUCAAGUAACGGUCUUCAAUGCCGAUACUUCCGCGAACGCUGCCGAGGAUUUGCCGGUCGGUGAGGAGGAUGAUAGCGAAACCCCAAAGCUCGCCGAGGAAAUGAUUCGAUACGCCGUGUACCAAGUACAAAUCACGAACGGCCUGAGUCCGGAAAUAAGCUCGAUGCUCGUGCAGGAACUUAUCAAUCAGUUAAGCGAAAACGUCUCGGUGGCCUCCAGAAAUCAUUUCAAGUCUCCGCCGCAAUCGCAACUCUCGGCGAUGGCGAUACACAGGGCGGUAACGCCUCGUCCGUCGGUCCCUUCCGAGGAAUCGUCCGAAGAACCCCUAUACAUCAUCACACCCACAUAUCGAAGACCCGAACAGAUUCCCGAACUCACGAGGAUGGCUCAUACCUUGAUGCUAGUCAAAAAUAUACAUUGGCUUGUCAUCGAAGACGCUACCGUCGCUACCAAGCAAGUUACCACAUUAUUGGAAAGAACGGGCUUGAAGUUCGAUCAUUUAAUCGCUCCGAUGCCGGAAAAGUACAAGCUUAAAAAGGGCGCCAAACCGCGAGGGGUGUCGAACAGAAAUCGUGGUUUACAGUGGAUCAGGGCGAACGCCACAAAAGGUGUGUUCUACUUCGCCGACGACGACAAUACUUAUGAUAUUGAACUUUUCGACGAGAUUCGCAAGACAAAAACAGUGUCGAUGUUUCCGGUGGGACUGUGCACCAAGUUCGGACUGAGCUCGCCAAUCUUGAAGAACGGAAAAUUCGCAGGUUUCUAUGAUGGUUGGGUAGCUGGACGGAAGUUCCCGGUGGACAUGGCCGGAUUCGCCGUGAACGUCAAGUUCCUGCAUCAGCGGCCGAACGCCACCAUGCCGUUUCGCGCGGGAUACGAGGAGGAUGGGUUCCUGAAGAGCCUGGCACCGUUCGAGCCACGGGACGCCCAACUGCUGGCGGACAAUUGCACUAAGGUGCUAGCCUGGCACACACAGACGAAGAAGAACGAGCCGAGCGCGCCGUUGGACAUGAAGCUUUACGGCGCGACGAAUCUGGUGAAGCUCAAGCAGCAGAUAGUAUGAUGUCGGCCGGGACAACGAAGAUGCGUGAACUCGAACCUGAAUCUUGUGUGUAAUCCCGCCCCUCCUUCGCACUAGUUCAUCGGUGUCACUCCAGGGGAAUUCCUAGGUGCGGAAAACUGUGCGAUUCAGUGCCUAAAAGUAUAUCUACCCUCUCUCUCACGGCGAGAGCGGGAAAGUCGUUAUUACCUUUAAGCAUAGCCGGUAAAACGAAUCGUUUUUUUAUCAGCUUUUACACAUCCGCAACAAGUAGCUCGCCCCGAAGAUGUCCUUUGCUCCGAGAAAGAAUACCGCGGUGGAGAAAAAGAAUAAAAUAGGACCCUCGGGGUAACGCUAUGACUCGAUACAGUGCAGAUAGAAAUUUACGCGUAGAAUCCGAAACCAUCUACUACUGUUACUUUUUGGCAUUCCCACUUUCGUGAAGCGAUGCGGAAAGAUCAGUUUUGCUAAAUCUAAAAAUUUAGCUAGAUAUUGAAGAUAAUUUUGUUUGAAUCUGUACUAAAGAAAUUAUGUAGAACGUUUAAACUGGUGAUUACAAUGUUAAAACGUUUUACAGCAUUGCCUUCAAAGUUUUACAUGAUUAUUUUGAUAAUCCAACAAAUCAAAAUUUUUUUUGCUUCAGUAAUAUUGUUCUUUCCGUCUAUAAAUGCGAAAAGGAAGAUGAAUUCCUUCAUUAAUAAUACCAAUUGAUACGUGGGAUGGUGAUGUUCGUUAAGUGAAAAUCGAGGCGAGGUUUCGAAAUAUCUUUACGCGUAUAAAUGUUGAAGUCACGCACUGUACAGAUCAACGACCAAAGAAAGCAAAAAGCAAAUGAGUCACUCGCUAUAACGUUAAACUCUUACACUUACUUUACUCUACCUGAGGGAUACGUCCCAACUUCUAUAAAUAGAUACUCUAUUCUAUUCCAAUCUAUUCCAUAGCGCGAAGUUUCAUUCCUAAACUUGCUCUAGUAUGACACGAAGUCAUAAAUGAUUCGAUCAAAGAGUGAAAAUAUCUGGGCGAUUUUACGCCCUCCCUUUAACUCACGCUGAUCGAUCUCCUAAUGAUGAACUUGAACGUUAAUCUAAUUAUCAAGUAUAAUGUUUAACGAUCGUCAUUUAAUCUUAUCCUGCCUCUUAAUGCGAUUAGCAAGUAUAGGCGAUUGAGAAAUAAAGAAUUAGAGCAAGUCCCUUAAUAAGAAUUCCUCUCGUAGCUUUCGAGUGAGAGGAUAAAUGUUUAAAAGUCGAAGCACGAAAAUCGAAGUUUAGCUUUGUCAACAAUAGAGAAAUUAUUAUUUACACGAGGAUUUCUGAUUCAAAUAUGAAAUUUUCUUCGACAGGUAUUUUCGAUCGAAGAAUAUCAAGUUAAAAUGCACGAGAUAUCUUUGACUUAUUUAGCCUUCAUAUAAAUCAGCAUAAAUCAGCAUUUAAAAAAAUGCUCAACAUGCAGUAUGCGCAUAAUUAUCAUAACUUCGAUCGAAUAAAUUUUUCAGGUUUUUCGAAGAAUCUGAAAAAUUGAUUUCACGACUGAAUAUCGUGGAAUGCCUAUAUCGUACGAAUAGCAUUCGCCGAAACAAACAUCCUUUCCUGUUUGACUGAAUAGAGAUACUUUUAAUUCCCGAGUUGCGCUCAUCGCUGCUCUUUCAUUUCCUUUAGCAUAAGCCAUUUAUUUCAUCGCGUAAUGUCAAUUUACGAAAUCAUAAGCAAAAUAGCGAAUUAUAAUCAAAUAGAGCGUUUUCGUUACCAAUGUACUUGCGUGCGUAGAAAAUAUGUACUUCUUAGAAAGGUAUAAUAUUUAAUGCUACGUUUGAUUCCUCUUGCACGGUUCGCGCGAGUUAAAUAGUACUAAAAAAAGCUAGGAAAUAAAAAAGGUGUGCACUGAGUGCGAAAUCCAAAGAAUCUGUUUCGAUUAUUUACCGAUGAAAUCGUCGGAAUAAUAUCGAAUCAGGAUUGUACAGUGGAACCUUGAUAAUUCCGAGCGUCUCCAUUACUCUAACAUAUCGUAAAAAUUCGACCAAUAUUGGAUCAAAUAUUUUAUAAUUUCCUCUAAUCUUAUUUAUACAAAUACUUCGCGUAUGUCAUUUAUUAUUUCUCUAAUCGGAGAAUAAUGUAGUUAUCUUCAAUUAUACAAUUUGUACAUUAAAAAAAAUCGAAGUUAAAAAUUAGUUACAUAAAGUAAUUAAUCGUGAAUCAGAGUAUUAAUUAUCAUUCAGCUUAAUUAAUUCGGGCAUUAGGAGUUCUGCUGUACGAACACUCGGAAGACUGUGGAAAAAUAACAAAAAAAUUUUCUAUUCUCGUACAUUAUAUGUAUAUUUAGUAGCACUUUCGAUUGUAUAUCUUUAAUAACGGUAUUGGAACAUUUAUCAUUAGUUUAAUCUGGGAAUCGAUCAUGUAACUCUCCCAACCGUGAAAAUGUGAAUUUGUUCACGUGAACCGUGGUGGCGAAAAGGCGGAAACCUACGGAAUUAAUAAAUGUACUUUGAAAUUUAAUGGAAGUCUGGCCAUAUUAUUCGUCGAUAGAUUAUUAUUUCAGGAGAUAAAUUAUAUUGAAAUAAAAACGGACUAUGAAUACCGGCCUAGAAACCAGCGCAUUCAAGCACGCUAUGCGUGAAAAGUUUCACGUGAAAUUUCGACGAGUGAAAAAUAAAAAGUGAAA